AUGCAACCGAUAGUCCUACUGGAGGUAUGUAAAGACCCCUGUCGGUCCAUGGAAAAAUUAUUCCGAACACGGUUUUUCCUCGGCCAUAAGCUGUGAAUUGAAGCAUUUUUAGGAGUGUCAGAACAGCGAAAUCUGGCCUUAUCUAAUACUAUCAAGCGUUCUCAUACUGCUAGCUGGAAAGAGCAUACAAAGCUGCAUAUUUCUAUCCGCAAAUAAGAUUUUCUCUUCUGACAUUAGGAAAGAAUUUUUGACUGGAGGACCUUAUCUGCAUUAGCAGA